GUGCGUUGAAGAAGUGAAAAUUUCUCGAUGGUUCUUCGUGGUUUGCUGGCACCAGCGGCGGCGCGAUGGACACGAAAUAAAACGUCGAAAAGGGGUCAAGAGAAGCAGCAGGCAGCCGGACAAUUAGGAUUAUCACGUUAUGGACCGCAGGUGAUGAGCGUGUUGUGUUUAUGCACCACGGUACACCAGACCGGUCAGAACAACAAUCAGUCGAGCAAGAUACUUCCGAGCACGCCGCCAAUUUCAUCUGAAGAAGAGAGGAUAAACUCGUCGAAGGAAAUACCCACCGACGAGCUGGCUCUAUUAGCUAAGCUGGAGGAAGCCAAUAGGCUUAUCGAAUCGGAUGCAAAGUCGUUGAACUCGCUCCAAAGCAAUCACAGUAGGAAAGGUUCCGACACAUCGCAGGUGUCGGUGGCGUCGGGGGGCAGCGGAGGAAACGGCGAUGCUGCACCCCGACGCCACAACUCAGCUGAUGGUGAAGAAAAUACGUGGACCCUAUGGGGUCAUAUCGUCGCUGAUUGGGAUUUUCAUUGGAAGAAGAGGAAAGAGUUCGUCAAAGAAUUAGUACGUCAAGGAAUACCUCAUCAUUUUAGAGGUAUUGUUUGGCAACUACUAAGUGGUGCUCAUGACUCUCCUGUGAAAAAGCAAUUCGCUGAGUAUAUCAAGGCCACGUCCGCAUGUGAAAGGAUAAUCAGGAGGGAUAUAGCCAGAACGUAUCCUGAGCAUGAUUUCUUUAAGGAGAAAGACGGUCUUGGCCAGGAGAGUCUGUUUAACGUUAUGAAAGCGUAUAGUCUUCAUGAUCGUGAAGUGGGAUACUGUCAAGGUUCGGGAUUUAUUGUAGGAUUACUCCUUAUGCAGCAAAUGCCAGAGGAAGAAGCUUUCGCUGUACUGGUAGCGCUUAUGCAAGAGUAUCGUUUGCGAGACAUGUUCAAGCCGAGUAUGGCUGAAUUAGGGGUGUGCAUGUAUCAGCUAGAACAUUUAGUUGCUGACACGCAUCCCGAGUUACACGCUCAUUUUACGGCUCAAGGUUUUCACACCUCGAUGUACGCAUCGUCUUGGUUUCUUACGCUUUUCACCACAGCGCUCAGCCUACCGCUGGCCUGCCGCAUUUUUGACGUAUUUCUGUCCGAAGGCAUGGAAAUUAUUUUCAAAGUUGCGCUGGCCAUGUUGCAUUUAGGCAAGGAAGAUUUGUUAAGCUUGGACAUGGAGGGCAUGUUGAAGUUCUUCCAGAAACAGCUACCUGGAAGAGCCGAGAAAGAUCCCGAUGGUCUCAUGUGUCUUUCCUAUGGUAUGAAAAUAAAUCCGAAGAGAAUGAAGAAGCUAGAGAAAGAUUAUACCGUGUUGAAAAUGAAAGAGCAAGAGGAAAUGGUCGAGCUGCGUAGGCUUAGGGCCGAGAAUAGGUUACUUAGGCAAAGAACAGAACUCUUGGAAGCUGAGUCCGCGGAAUUGGCGGAUAGAUUAGUCAGAGGUCAAGUUUCCCGCGCGGAAGAGGAGGAAACCGCGUUCGUUGUACAAAGGGAAUUAGCAGCACUUCGACACACGCAUCUCGAGACCAGUCACCAGCUGGAGCAAGCUCACGAGGAAUUGAGAUCUUUGUCCGUUCUGUUAGAAGAGAAUGUGACAUCGAAGCAGUCCUCUCUAGAUGAAAUUUUACUGAAGCAGGAAGCGUUGUCGCAGAAAGAGGAGAUGAUACAAUGCUUGCAAGAGGAAUUGGUAAGGGUUCGGUUGCACGAGGCGGAAAACGAUGCAACGAUAAGAGAACUCAGGGCAAGAAUACAAGAGCUGGAGCAAGAUAAAAAGACGCUGCGUGAAUCGACGCCAGAUAAUUCAGUUGCUCACUUGCAAGAAGAACUGAUCGCUGUGAAACUACGAGAAGCAGAGGCUAAUCUUUCAUUGAAGGAUCUUCGGCAAAGAGUGGUGGAAUUGAGCAGUACCUGGCAAAGGCAUCUGCAAGAACAUCGUUCCGCUCAGAAUCAACCUGCGAGCGAUUCUACGCCGAAGAAACUUCUCUUCUGGGAGAACAGGGGUCACGAGGUGCAAAAGUUCGAGGAAGAUUUGAUGACAACUAGGAUUCGUGAAAUGGAAGCUUUAACGGAAGUGAAGGAGCUUAGACUUAAGGUCAUGGAGCUUGAAACUCAAGUCCAGGUCGCCACGAAUCAACUUCGUCGGCAAGACGAAGGUGGGAAGUUACUUGAGGAGGACCUGGAAACUGCUUUAGCUAGGGAAAAGGAACUUACUGCCAAACUACGGGAGCAACAACAUAAGUAUUCCGACUUGGAGUCGAAGAUGAAAGACGAGGCCAUGAUGGCUAGGAUACGCGAUGCAGAGCAUGCGCAGCAAGUGGCAGAACUCACCCAGAAAAUAUCUCUUCUUGAAUUAAAAAAUGAAGAGAUGCAUGCGGAAGGUGAGCUUAGGAAUAAUUUAGAUGACAGUGAGAGAGUAAGAGAAUUACAGGAUAAAGUUGCAGAAUUGAAAGCUGAGGUCAUGAGGCUAGAAAGUUGGAAGCAGCGUUGGACGGGUCAUGGUGGGCAAAACGUGAGAAGUUUCAGUGUUGACACUGAGAGUGAGCUGGACGAGCGGGAUCUCAGAAUUUGUUUACAGGAUCAUAUCAAUGCGACUGCACAGAAUUCACCAGAGAUUAUUGAAAGUGAAAGUGAAACCGAACGAGAUAAUCGGGAGUACAGUUGUAAAACUUAAAUAGCCCGGAUAGCUCGUUCCUUAUAGCGACUUCCUAGGACGUGAUUAUUACUUCCAACCUUACACGAACC